UCUCGCUUAGUCAGACAGGCGAGCCAUUAUUUUCACAAUUGUCGGCGGUGCUAUAAAUCCGUCCAUCCUUGCACACCCGGUAUCAAUCCGCGAAGCGUCGUCGAACAUGAAGAUUCCAGCACUGCUCGUAACGUGCCUCUAUCUUUGGGGCUUCGCGUCCGCCAGCCCGAGCUCAUCUCUGCUCGAGAUCGUGCAGGGUAGCGCGUCGGCCACCGCAUCCACCGCUGUGACCGCUAGAUCCGGACUUCGUGCCGGUCAGGUAGCCCUGGCCUCGCAGAAGGAUGCCACACUUCAGGCAGAUGCCUCAGCGGCUGCCGCGGCCGCUGCACGCGCUUCCGCCGACCAGUCGGCCAGUCUAGCCCAACAGUCGGCGUCUUUGCAGUCCAAAGCUGCCGCCAGAGCAAAAUCAGCCGAGGAGUCAGCGGCAGCUACGGCCAAAGCCGAGUUGCAGGCAGAAUCCACUGCUGCAUCGGCCAGUUCCGCUGCCAGAGAGGCUGCAGCGUCCGCGAAGGCCUCCGCAUCCGCGAUGUCAUCGGCUGCCGUGCAGGCGAAGCUCGCCGAAAAGACGGCCAAGAAUCAAGCUCUGGCUUCCGAAGAGGCCAAACUCAAGGCAGCCGCCGCUGCCAGCGCAGCAGCAGCAGCCAGCGCCGCCGCCGAGAUAGCCCUGAAAGCCGAGAAACUAGCGGAAGAAGCCAUCGCCAAGGCAGCCGCUGCCAAAGCAGCCGCCAGAGCCGCUGCAGCCGCGUUAAACUCCGCGAAGGAAGCCGCCACGAGCAGCGCAAGGAGCGCCGCCGAAGCCGAAGCUAGGAGCGAAGUCGCCCUACUGAUCAGCGAACUCGACAAGAAGAGCAGGGAACUCGCCGCUUCCACGUCGGCCAAGGCACGCGCUGCUGCCGCGGCUAGCUCCAGAAACAUAGAAACGGCUGUUGCCGGAGCUAACAUCAAUUUAGCCAAAGAGAUCUUGGCGGUUCCCAUCGAGCCAGCGAAACUUCCGGAGCCAGGGCUGGCGUUGAAAGAAGAGAGUACCGCUAUCGCGAGCUCAGAGAGUGACGUGGCGGUAGAAACGAGCAGCGAAGCAUGGUCAAUUUAAGGGAUGACUGGAUGCAGUACCAGGGAACGCGUUUCGUUCGAAGAUAAUGUUUGGUCGAUGUAGGAUGUAUUCGAUGUUUCCAAAGGAAAUUCACGUGUCAAUGUUGCCUAUAGUCAGACAGAGAUUGUAAUGAUGAAAAUAAAUUGGUUUAGCAUAUACGUAGGCCUGUGGUGUUAUUCCUUGCAUUGCCUUCUUUGCACUUUUCUAGCUAAAUGGGAAAUUAAGAUGGAUACAUAAAUUCAUUUAGUUUCGUAUUUUGGAAUUUUUAAUUAAAGCUGUACUCUAUCCUGCAACUCUGUCCAGAGUAUUUUAAUAAAGAAACUAUUGCCAGUAAUAGGAAACUCUUUGUCUUUUAUUUUAUAUUUUUAUAAACCUUUUUUCGACUGACUAGGAUGGAGCUGAUUUGCCGCGAAUAAAUAGGAUGUAAUAAUGGAACAGUCGAUAUGGAUGAUGGUCAUUCAUUUUAAAGACCGUUUUAAAAUAAUUUUUUUGAAAAGUAAAUUAAAUAUUGUAAGUAAAAUACAGAGUUGAUACAGAAAACAAGAAAUAUAUGAAAGCGAUGACGUUGAUCGGUAUUAUAAAGUACCGUCAAUACGCAUACUAUUUUUAUGAAAUUAUAUGGUUAUACAAUUGUUGAUAAUAUCAUUAUAACAUUGUAAAAUUUUCAAUAGAUUUAAUAAUAUUAAUAUAAGAAGAAGAAAACAUUAAUUAUAUGAUUUAUUCAACUGAACUUCGGAUUUCCUUGUAUGAUUGUAUUAUAUAUUAUCCUUUUUUUUUUAAGAUGAUUAUCCCUACAGAACACAGUUCAACAUAUAUAGUAAAAUGAAAACUAUGAAAGAGCUUUAUUUCUAUUUUUAAACUGAACUUGAAAUGUCCUUGCCAUUGUUCUGUAUCCUUGUACUUUCACAAUUUUCUAUUCCAACAUUAUUGUAAAUUUUCGUAAUACAUUUAAGUUCAUUACAUUAUAUUAUCGUAUCAACACGUUUGUUUCAAUGCUGGAUAAGUCAAAAGUAGCUUUUACUGUGACCAAUUGUCAUAAUAAUGUCACUAUUGGAAUAAAGAUAUUCUUCGCAUUAUUUGCUCAUUCGCCUAUAAUGUUUACUCGCUUUCCACUAUUGUAGACUUUGAUCGUAUCGAUUAAAGAGAUUCAUUGUCAACGUGCAAUCGCAAACGUGCGAAAUUUCUGUUAGCAGAACUAGCCUGAAUCAAUGAUAAUUUAGCUCUCUGCCUAAUCGAGCAACAAGACUCGAGGAUUCAUUCAAAUAAUUGAAUAAUUCAGCGAUAGCUUAAGAAAGAUUCCUUUGAAAAUUUCAGCCUAUUCUAAACUAUUUCGUAAGAGUACAUAUUUGCAAAAAAAGAGGAACAACAUAGAUGCUAAAACUAUGACCACCGAACUACCAUAACUCUAUCAAUUCGUUUCUGUUCUUUUCCAAAUUUCCCCAAUGUAAAAUCCCUUCUUCUCCCGCUCUUCAAGGAAACGCUCCCGAGAGGUGUGUGGCAA